UCAACCCUCGUGGGUCUGGAGGAUUUGGAGGAGUCAGCUGAGUCCCCGUUGUGAUUUUCCAUGUGGACGGUGACAGCUCCGCGCUGACAACUCACACAACUCAGGAUUUGCCGUUGGCUCCCCCCAAACGAAGACCACUGAAGGCAAGUGAUGUAAAUGGGGGAGUGCAGAUGUCAUCAAGCCAAGCAAUCCAUAACCAGGUGAAUGUGUAGCACUGGUUGCCUGGGGAGCCUCAGAAGAGCAUGGCUGUAGCUGGAUGCCCAGACUACUUCCUCCACCACCCAAACUACCAGGAUAACGUUGACCACAUGUCCUCUCAUGGAUCGCCUGGUCUUAUUCGCUUCCAGCAGCCGUCCAAUCACAGCAACCCUAAUCACCCAGAUGAUGAUGUAGAUUUGGAGGCUUUGGUGAAUGACAUGACCUCCCUUUCGCCCUACGAGAGCCUCUACUCUAUGUGCAAAACCCAGCACUCUGACUCCACCCCACUCCUGCACAAUGGCCACGGGAACGGUCUCCAGGGCAACAGAGCACCUCCGCUCCUGCGUCCUCCGAGCAGCCGAGUGGCCGCCCCUCACUCCCCUGCCCAGAACAUCCGCCGCUCACAACCCAUGCACAUACUGGCUGUUAGGCGUCUACAGGAGGAGGAGCAGCAGGUGCGGCCAGCAUCGCUGCCGGCCAUCCCCAACCCAUUCCCCGAACUGUGCAGUCCAGCAGGAUCACCAACACUAAGCCCAGCAUCUCUGCCACAACCUGCAGAUGCACACAUUAUCAAAGUUUUCAGUGAGGAUGGUGUUGGAAAGGUGGUGGAGGUUCCUGCUGAUAUGACAGCCAGAGACGUGUGCCAGCUUCUGGUGUAUAAGAGCCACUGUCUGGAUGACAACUGCUGGACUUUGGUGGAGCAUCAUCCGUUGUUUGGACUUGAGAGGUGUUUGGAGGACCAUGAGCUGGUGGUUCAGGUGCAGGCCUGCAUGCCUCCAGAGAGCAAGUUUCUCUUCAGAAAGAACUACGCCAAGUACGAGUUCUUCAGAAACCCAUUGAAUUUCUUCCCAGAGCAAAUGGUAGCAUGGUGUCAGGAGUCCAAUGUCACAAUCCCACCAUCUCAGCUUCUGCAGAAUUUCCUAAAUUCCAGCCGCUGCCCAGAGAUCCAGGGCUUCCUCUACAUGAAGGACACAGGCCGAAAGUCCUGGAAGAAACUUUACAUGUUUCUGCGGCGCUCCGGCCUCUACUACUCCACAAAGGGAAUGUCCAAGGAGCCCAGGCAUUUGCAGUUAUUGUCUGACUUGGAGGAGAGUAAUGUGUUCACUGUGACGACUGGCAGGAAAAUGUACAACGCUCCAACAGACUACCAGUUCUGCAUUAAGCCCAGUAAAAGCAGGACUGAUGUGAAGGAGUUGAAAAUGCUUUGUGCUGAUGAUGAGCAGAGCAGAACAUGCUGGAUGACAGCCUUCAGAGUACUUAAGUAUGGAAUGCUGCUUUACCAGAACUACAAGAUCCCUCACCAGAGAAAGUCAGCCAACCCGAACUUCACGACACCUGUGCGGAGUGUGUCCGAAAAUUCUCUGGUUGCCAUGGACUUCUCAGGGAGGACAGGCCGUGUGAUUGACAAUCCUGAGGAGGCAAUGAGUGCAGCAAUGGAGGAGGGGCACAACUGGAGAAAGCGGAGUCAGAGAAUGAAUGCAUUGGGCAAUCCUAGUCCUCUACAUCCCUCCUCUUUAAAUUCAGUGAUCCACCGGACACAACUGUGGUUCCAUGGCCGCAUCAUGAGAGAAGAAUCCCACCGUAUGAUCAUGCAGCAAGGUCAAGUGGAUGGGUUGUUCCUUUUGCGGGAUAGUCAGAGCAACCCAAAGGCUUUUGUACUCACACUGUGCCAUCAUCAGAAGAUCAGACACUUCCAGAUCUUACCACAUGAAGAGGACGGUCAGAUUUUCUUCAGCCUUGACGAUGGCUCCACCAAGUUCGCAGACCUGAUCCACCUGGUGGAGUUCUACCAGCUCAACAGAGGAGUCUUGCCCUGCAAACUCAAACACCCCUGCACCAUGGUGGCCUUAUGACCUCACCCACUCGUGACCCAACAAAUUAACUUACGCUACACACAAAUACAUCUCUACACACACAUGGCUGAGAAACUGGAUUUUUUUUGGCCCUGUCCCAUAUCAGUGAUAAGCUGACUCAUACCUCAGACCUGGAGGACGCUUCUUUUUUUUUUCUUUCAUGUUUUGGCUCUGGGAAUCGAUGCAGGACUGCUGCGAAUGAUCUUCUGGCAAGCACACACUUUCUGGAAGUCCCUUCUCCUUCCAGUUUCUAUGACACUGCCACUUAGGUCCACAUUUCCUGAGACGGUGACAGUCUCCUCGAUGUUUUGUCCAAUCAAAGACCUAGAUGCUAUCAUUCAGGACUAUCCAGGACACACUUCUACAGUUGCAAAAAAAAUCAUGUAAAAUUACUUGAUUGCAUUUGGUUUGUAGCUGUGGUGUUGAUGUUUUCAUACCUAAACAUUUUGCACUCUCAAGCUGAAAACAGGUGCCCCACUUUUUUGACCGGUAAAAUGACCCUCUUUGUCCGUCCUUGCACUCUUGCCGUCCCUUCUGUUUCUCCUGUAAGCUCUCUAUGGGGAAUCCUUGCAUGUUGAUUGGAUUACAGCACAGGACAUCCACAGAGCCAUGACAGAGCUUUCUGUUGCCAAGGUUAUACCUGGUAGCUGACACGCUAGCAAAAUUAUGGAUCAGCAAACUGACCCAUAUCUCAUCAGCUUCAUUGUGCUGAGAAGAAGUAGUUCUUCACCCAGUUGUCUUUGCCUUAAGAGAGAAUGGAGAUCUGAGGGCAUUGGGCUAAGGCUGCAGUAACUCAGCUCUGAUCAGUUCUUUCAGUCCGGAGGCAGGGACUGCUCAGUGGCAGUCCAGGUCACUUGCACAUUUGGCUGGAGCAAAAUGUCUUUGUUGAAACACAUUAAAUCAGUAAAGUCAGGAGGACAAAAAUGGUUUACUUUUAAUUAAAAGUGCAAUAUUGUUUAAGAAUAGCCUAUGGGGGGCCGUAGAAACUUGAUCCAGGCCAUGUGUGGCCACAAAAAAAGAAAAAAAAACUUGACCCAUGCUCAACUUCUUGAGGUUGGCUGCCCAGAGCACAAUCACUGAGAUUAAUGAUUUAGCCCCUAAAUAUGUAGCAGUCUUUAUUUAAUUUCUGUACAAUCCUGGAUAUCAGUGUUUUCCAACAACAGUCCUGGAAGCCCACCAUGUUUUUCUCUGUUCUAACACACUUGAUUCUCCUCAAGAACAACCUAUGGCUGCACAAUAUAUCUUUUAUUUAUUAUUAUUGUGAUCUUGGCCUUUGCAGUAUGAUAUUAUAGAAGGCUGCAAUAUGAAAAUGCACUAUCAAGUUAGUGACAGUUUUGUUUGCUUUCAACAGCCUCUGAGGUUUCAGAUGAGUUUCUGUGGGUGAUUAAAUGAAUCUGGACAUCCAUGUGAUCCAACAAAUGCAACAGACAAACUUCAUUAGUCAUUUCAUAUCACACAUAAUGUGGUAAUAUAUUACAAGGCAUUUUUAUUACAAGGCUCUUGUCUUUUAAUCAGUGUUUCAGUUCACAAAGGCAGUGCUAGACAAGCAAGCAUAUUAUGGCCCUUCCAUGAUUUUUUUUUAAAUCAUGAGCAUAUUGUUUUCCACUUGACCAUGAGUGAAGCAUAGACUUCCUAUCAAUCCAGUCAAAUCACACAGUCCUAAACUAUAUUUAAAAGAAUUUUCUAAAUGGUCUUUGUGGCCUAGUUGUUGCAGAGCAGCUCCUUGCUUGCCAUGUGCAGUUUGUUGCGCUUUGAGGUGGGAUUCAUGCCAGGAGGGAUGCCAAGCAUGAAUUUAUAAUGCAUUCAAAUAAACCAGAUAUAAUUUACUUUUAACGUUUUUCUUAUAUUAACAGUAAGAAAACCUUUGCUCAUGAAAUGUAUCAUAGUAAAGCAACAAAAGCAAAAAGAUGAAGCUUCCGAAUCCUUGUAAGUGAAACAAAUACCAAACUGAUAAACAAAUGAUUUGGGCAAGCUCUGCCUAUUUCACUCGCAAUAUAGUAAUUAGGGAUUCAACCCUAGAUGCUUAUUGACUGCAGACUUCCAACUCUCUUAGUAUUACGUGAUGUCUUAUGAGAAGAACUGAAGCUUGUCAGUUUUUCUGUUGCUUUUGUUAGUUUGCUGCUUAUCCAUUGGUCUCCCGCAAGCACUGUCCAGUGCAGUCUGCUGAGGCGUCCUCCAGUGCUACUGUUACUGAUAUUACUGACAUUGCCAGUAUCAGCUCUAUGUUUUGCUUAAUUAAGACAAGACGUAGUUCAGUGAUCAGUUCACAGGAUGACAGUAGCUGGAAACAACUUUGGUUUUGUCGAGAAACAUCAGUGGAACUUCUUGCCCUUUUAAAUGUUUCAGAGAGCUAUGGAGUCAUGGAGUCAUACCUACAUAGUGUGCAGCUGGGCUUCACUGUUAAACUAUGGAUGAUUACAAGGGCCACACUAGGAACAAGCUUUAACAGCAUUAUUGAUUUAGCACAUUAAUGCAUUACUGGUGCGUUGAUUUUAACACCAUUACUACCAAUAUGAUUGCAAUAUGGUGUUUUUAUUUAUAUCAUGGGCCUUAGAAGCACUUGGUCAUUAGCCUGUUUAUAAUUAAGGUUCAGAAGCAAAUGGCACAGUGCUGGAGGUUCUACAGGACUGGAGUUGGAAAACACUUUAGAAUAGCUGUAAUUAAGAAUUGCCUUUACAUCACUGUGAUGUCCUUGAGCCACAUCGCCACCUGAGAGGUGGCAGAGCUGGAGAAAGAGAACAUUACACGCACGCAUACACACACACAUUCUGGAGAGGUGGAGCAUUUGCAGUGUCAGGACUCCUUGGUGUGACUGCAAAUCCUCUAGGGCUGUGUGACAUCAUGCAUUGAGGAGAUUUGCUUCCGCGCCUUUCUUCAUUCGAGAAGGUUAGGGGCUCAGGCCUCAGCUUACAGAUGAAUUGACGAGUGCGAGCCACACACAGCACUGCAGCAGUCUCCUCAUAUUUUAAGUCAGUUCUGCCCCCCUUCCCUACACUGGGCCCAGCAAGACUAAGCUAUGACAACCUCUCACAGUUCGAUAUGCUAAACUCCGACAGCUGACUGUUAACCUGCUGAUGCCGAAGUACACAUAUCUAAUGGAAGAGAGAGAGCACAAAAUGGACGCAAUGAUCGGGAGAUGCUUUGCAGUGUUAAAUGAGCUCCCUUUUAAUAUAUUUACUCAAGGAACCUGUUUUUCUGGUUUCCAGAUAAAGUUCUGGGGCUACACCAAACAAACAUCUCUGUUUCUUUAUCCAGUAGUGUAAUAGCAGCCAUGCCUGGAAAAACCCUAUAUUUUCUGUGUUGAACUUCAGUAAACAUGCUUAGAACCCACUCUCAGCAGGAAGUAGGGGCUUAUUCCUCAUCUUACUAGCAUCAUCUUGGCAUUGGCUAUUUCGAGUUGUACCUUAACGAGGGAGUCUUUUGAAACGCUUUGCCCAUCUUUCCAUUUCAGACAAACAACAGAAAGUGUAGUAGUUUAAGUCUAAAGCAUGUAAGGCAUAGUCUGUGUGGAGCAUCCUCUAAUCCGGCUUCCGUAAUCCGAGUAUACAGCAGUGCUAGACAGAUGCGCUUAGGGGGCAGGUGGCUACGACAGGAGCUUGAAAUUCCAACAGCAGAACAGAGAAGAAAAAAGCAGAGUCAAGUACAAUAUGCAACAUGUUUUUGGUGCUCUGCACUAGUUAAGGAUGGGGUAAGGUGUCUACCAGGUGACUCCUGUGCAGCCAUAUCUAAUGCAAACACAGUUAGCUUCAGCAGCAAUACUUUUUUUUUCUUUCUCUAAGUACGUGAAGCUUAAGGUCUAGAUCUAACACUGUAUCUAUGCUAUCUUAUCUAUAACUAUGUAAAAGGGUUGGGCUCCCACACAAAAUGAAGAUUGGAUUAUUAUGGUGUGUAUUUUGCAUACUCCCUCUCAGUGAUUUGUACCAGUGUGCAUAUUAUAACUAUAUCAUCUGUUUUCAUUUGUAUGUCUCAAAUGUCUUUUUAUAAAGAGUAUAUUAAGCUGA